CCUGGUGUAACUGUCAGUGUUUCCUCCUGGCCUCCGUUACUUUUUUCUGCAUUAUUAUUAGUGUUUUAAGCUACAGAGCAGCAGUGUGUGUGUGUGUGUGUUUGGGGUGUGUUAUCUUCUGCAGUGUGUGCUUGAAUCUGCCAGCUCCAUGCCUUCGUUAUCCGAAAGCCAGCAGGGAGAGUCGAGGCGUAGUGCGCGGUUGGUGUCGAACAGAUUCUACCCGCACGAUGAUGACACAGCGAGCACCAGCUCUACCGGAUCUGUAGGACCAAUCUCUUACAGAGAGAGUUCCGUGAGGGUCUUCAAGAGGAAAACAGGACCCCGCAAAGGGGGCGGGGCUUCUCCCAACUCCAGCAGUGGCAGCAAUGUGAGCAAAUCGCAGAGUCCGAGCACCAGCGAGUUCCUCACGGCGAGGAAGAGUUCUGCUUUUCGGGCUCCGAGCAGCACCGUGACCCCUUUGACCGCUUCAGCCCCAAGCACUCCGAUUCAGAUGGAUCCAUCGGGUUUCUCCUCAGGAUAUUCCUCAUCAGAGGAAGGAUACGGCCGGAGCGGCGGCACGUACAGCACAACCCCCGGCUCUGCUCACACUCCAUCAGAAGGGGCGAUGGGACGCCGAGACACACUGACCGCCCCAGCCCGUGCCUUUGCAGUGUUGUAUUUCUGGCUUGGCGUGGCGUGGUACAGUAUAACGUCUGGAAUGUCUCUGCUUGAUGUUUCUCUGCUCAGCAGGCGCACGGCAGGUGUGAGGAAGACCCUUCUCCUCCUCCUUCUCCUCGUCCUGUUGCUUUUCGGUGUGUGGUACUGGUACCCGUGUGUUACUGCCCUGUUUGCCCGUUCAGCUCGUGCGCCGCCGGUUCAGCCCCGCCCCACAACACACACGCAAGUUCAACCUCGUAUGGAUGAGCAUGAUGCCUAUGCGAGUUUUGCAGCUCUAAAAGACGAACUCUACGCUGAUCUGCGUGAACGAGAGACCAAAUGGCUGGAGGACAGAGACAGGGAUUUAGAAGACAUGCUGAAAGAGCUCAAGUUACUGAAACAAGAUGGAGAAAAGCAGAAGCGCACAAAUGAGGUGUUGCAAAUGGAUGUGCAAGACCUAAAAAUUCGAGUCAGGAAUGUCGACUCGGAGCAUCGCAGUCUGAUUAAAGAGGAAACCGCAGGGAUGCAGAAUCAGAUUUCCGAUCUGAGACUGGAUGUGUCCAAACUUCAGUCAGCCUCUGAACACAUGAGUCGCAGAAUGGACACCCAGGAAUCUCAGAACAGGAAGUUAAAGAUGGAGCUCUCUGAUUGGCUGCUGCAGCAGCUGUCUGGUUCCGUUAACUCCGAGCGUGAUGCAGUGAUGCGUCCUGAGCUGCAGAGGGCGCUGGAGGACCUGGAAAAGAAAAUACUGGACAGAUUGGGACAGGAGCGGGAGGACAAGGAGAGGAGAGAUGUGUGGAGGACAGUGGGAGAGACGCUGCAAGAAGAAGGAGUGGGAGCAGUCAGCAUAGCGGAUGUUGAACGCAUCGUGCACAGGGCGCUGAGCCUCCACAAGGCUGAUGGGAUAGGAAUGGCCGACUACGCGCUGGAGUCUUCAGGUGCCAGUGUGGUAAACACUCGCUGCUCAGAGACGUAUCACACCAGAUCAGCCUGUAUCAGCCUGUUUGGAUUUCCUCUGUGGUAUCCUUCUGAAAGCCCUCGCACUGUUAUACAGCCCGAGCUCUACCCCGGUAAGUGCUGGCCGUUUCGUGGUUCCGAAGGUUUCCUGGUCAUCGCUCUGUCUCACCCUGUGCAAAUCACUCACAUCACCCUGGAGCACCUGCCCCGAGUUCUCUCACCCACCGGACACAUCGACAGCGCUCCCAAAGACUUCGCCGUUUACGGAAUGAUCAAUGAGGAGAACAAGGAAGGGAAACUUCUCGGAACGUUCUUUUACGACCAGGACGGAGAACCCAUCCAGACCUUCGAAGUGCAGCACUCUCAGCGGGAGGUGUACGGGCUGGUGGAGUUGAGGAUCCUCAGCAAUUGGGGUCACCCUGAGUACACCUGUGUGUAUCGCUUCAGAGUCCACGGCCAGCCCGCGUCUGCCUAAACAGAGGAACUGCAGGAAGAUAGGACAGAGUUGUACGUAUCUAUGCAAAAAAAAAAAAAAAAAACAAGUCUUUUGAAUGUUUAGCAAUGACCUCAGAGUCAGGAAUGCUCUUAAACUAACGCUAUACUUUCAAUACAAGAGAGGUGGAGUGUGAUGGAGAAAUAGCAAGAUCUUCAUGACCUCAAGAUCUUUAUAUUCCUCCAUCUCACUCCACACACACCUGUCAAGUGCUGAACAAACAAGCACAGGGUUACAGUACAUGUUUAUUAAUGGAUCUUAUGCUAGUAUUAAAAAAAAUAAUAAUUCGUAAAAAAAGAUACACAAACAGGAAAAAAGUAUUCCACCAUUUGCACUAUUUGCUAACUAACUCCUAAGGAAUGUACCUCUUAUUUAUUGAUGAUUUACGAUUUUGUUUCUAUCGGUAUGACCUUUCGAAGAAAAGUAGACGAAUGUAUAAUGAUGAAUAAAUUCGAACAACUACCGAUUAGCACUAAGUCUUUAGCACAAUGCUAAUUGGAGGCUUUUGUUAGGAACAGUAUUAGCAUUUUUGAAUUCUCUUUUGAAUAAAUCCGGCUAAAUCCAGUUAGCUGUUGAGAAGUUUUAUAGUUGAAGUUUGUAUAUAUUUGUCUAAAAUGUGUUAAAAUUUGUUGUGUGUUUGACUACAAAUUUUAGAAAAUUUUCUAAAAUGAAUUUGCAAAAACAUACAGUACGUUUAGUACAGUCCAAAACUACCAAAUACCAAAAUGUACUCUUUUUUGGUGAGAAUAUAUUGUUUAAAACCAGUAUUUAGCUGUACAGGUAAGGAAUAAAACACUCUGCGCUGUGCUGUUGCAGGAAAAUAAUCAACGACGGUGUGGUGUGAUGAAGUGGAGUCACUGUAACCACCCUGAAGUUGCGUUGAUUAUUUUCCAGUAACGCCCUGAAGUGUUUUAUUCCUCUCAUACCACAGCAAUUUGUCGUCAGUUUGAAUUUUGCAUUUUUUAAACAAAGACAUAUCACGCUUUUUAUCCGUUUAUAGUUACAUUCAACAUAGUGGAACAUUAUUUAAUUGAGUUAGCUCUCCAUCCCUAAUAUAUCUGCAUAAAUUUGAAUGUCCCGUAAAUUUCAUUUGUGGUAACACACGUGUCUGAGUUUGUUCCCUAUUCACUACAUAGUGCACUAUGUGGAGCGUAGCCAUUUUGUAGUGUCCCAAUUCGCACUAGACGAAUUAUGUUCCCUGGAUAGUACACUAUGUAAUUAUUACUCAUAAUGCAACAUAAUUCUUGUGUACAACGAGUGUAUACUGCUUCCGCACAAUGCAUAUUAUUUUUGAUGUUGACAUUUCAUGUUACAAAUUUCAGCUGAUAUGCAGCUUCAGGCUCGUGUAAUGGUUUCUAAUAAUUUCAUUGAUUACUUUUAGCUCACUUUAACAUAAUACUUUCAUAAUAUCAGAUGACUAGCUAGAUUUUGUCAGUAAUAACGUCAAAUAAUUUCAGAAUUUAGGUGAUAAUUAUCAUGUCAGUGUAGAAUUUAGGAACGCACAUACAGUGUUCAGUUUACUGCAUAUAUUUUGUGUUUGAUAUUAUUAUAUAUUAAGUUUGGAUUUUGAGGUACGUUUGUGUGCGGUGAGUGACAAUCAUGUUACCUUUUUACUUUUCGAGCUACUUGUUUUACUUCGGCGUUCUUGUCAGAAGAGAUGCUGAGCUUAUUGACUAGGAUGUUUAUCUGUUUUUAUAGAUUAGCAAUUCAUUAAUUUCUAAAAGAAUUAUAGCAAAACUAUAAUGAAACUUUAAUCAAUAUUUUGACCAGAACCAUAUUUUAAUUCUCAAAACUGUAAUAUCCAUGUAACAUAAAACUGCCAAUGUUCUCUCUCUAUAUAAAUAUAUAUAUUUAUAUCUUAUAUAUGAGGUAAAAAUGAAAACAUUUCAAUGUUGAGUAUGAGAAUUUCUUUACACUUUUGCAUUCUUGCUGAAAAGUGUUACCUUUCUGACUUGAGCUUUGAUUGUUAUUUUUAUUUUAAGAGGCAGAAUUUUCUGUAUAUGAUGUCCACCUCCAUUUUUGUCAUUGGCGAUACUGAUUCUAUAUCCUGAUAAAGCUGAAACUUGAAUAUUUAAAACCUUUUCUUACAGCUCAUGAAGACAGUAUUGGCUUUUAUAGCUUUAUACAGGUAUCAUUAUUAGAAAAAAUACCUAUUACACAAAAGUUGUAUUAUUUAUAAUCAGCAUUCAGAAUGUUUUUUUCCAAAUGGGUAUGUAUGUGCCGAUGUAAACAGUUUGCUUAUUUUAAGCUAGUAGUUCAUUUAAGUGUCUCGCAGCAUAAAGUUUGUGCCUAAAACAUGAGCACAUUUAUUUUACCUCAUAA